AUGAACUUGAAACUCCCUUUACCACUUCGCAUCGCCAUUCUCGAAUGCGAUACACCUUUGCCAGCAACUAAAAAGGAGUUUCAAGGAUACGGCGGGGUUUUUGAGUUCUUGUUAAGAACAGGAGCAAAGGCGCUCGAUCGAGCAGAUUUUGAUGCAGACACCGGAUUUGAAUUUACGAGAUGGCAGGUUGAGCUCGAGCCGGAAAAAUACCCGGAUCCUGAAAACAUUGAUGCCAUCCUGAUCACAGGAUCAAGACACGACUCGUUCGCCGACACACCGUGGAUCAGCACCCUCGUCGGCUACGUGGCCAAGAUCCUCAAUAAGACCUCCGUUCGGGUGAUUGGCGUUUGCUUUGGACACCAGAUCGUCGGCCGAGCCUUGAAAGCUGGCGUGGGCAGAAACCCCGACGGUUGGGAAGCCGCCGUCAACGACGUCCAGCUCAGCGAGAAGGGGAGGGAAAUAUUCGGUGUUGAUAAAAUCAGCCUUCACCAAAUGCACCGAGACGUCGUGUUCGAGCACCCGCCAGGCGUGGAAGCACUUGGCUCGUCGCCCGUUUGCGCGGUGCAGGGCAUGUACGUGCCCAAAAAACUCAUCACCGUCCAAGGCCACCCGGAGUUUAACCAGGAGAUCAUGACGGAGAUUCUUGAGACGCGCCACGCGACUGGAAUCUUCGACGACGACGCUUUCAAUGAACAUUUCAAGAAGGUGGCUUUGCCCCAUGAUGGCGUCGUUGUGAGUCAGGCAUUUUUACGGUUUCUGUUGGAAAGUUGA